UUGAGCGUUAAUUUGCUGGUCUACGGCUGCGCACCCUCAUCAGCUACGUUCUUCGCCUAGCCACGUCUCGAGAGGUCCACGAAUGCGAUGUGAAGCAAGUCUUCACGCAUCUGCUCAGGAAGACCAUCAAUUUAAGGAUGUUGCCUGAAAUGAGAGACGGCCAGCUCUGGAUGCGAGAGUUGAAACAUGAGGACCUCGAUUUCCAGACCCUCAACGAUGCAGAAGUCAACGCUGUAUACCACGACAUGGCGAGCUACAGGUACAACAUGAGCGUUGGGCCAGCGUGGGCCGUGCGUUUUCUUCCACUAUCCCCAAAACACGAUGAAUAUAUCAAGCGGACGACCAUGGAAAAUACGGAGAAGAAACUCGAAAAACUGCCUCACGUUUGCCACAUUGUAAUUAGCUUCCAUCACUGCAUAACCGACGGCUUUACUUGCGUGCGCCUCAUCCGACACAUCUUGAUGCUUUUGAAUGAUGUCAUAGCAGGAAACCCCAUAGAUGAUUCCGAGCAGUAUGCUCGCAUGAUGGACAUUAAGAAGCAACAAUCGGUUUUAGAAGAAUUUGAGCGCGCAUUCGAGGCUGACCCAAAGCUAUUGCAAGACCGAGCUGAGUCAUUACUGCAGUCAACGCCUGAUGCGCUGCUUAGAAAAGUGUAUCCACACCCGUCUAAAAGACCGCCAAAAAUGAAAUGCAUUCCCCGCAUCCUUGACAGCAAAACUACGGCGGUUUUUGUCAGCCGUUGCAAGGAAGAAGGUAUUACAGUUCACACUGGCUUCAGCUCAGUGAUUGAAGCUAGCAUCGUCAAAGUUUUACUGGACGCCAACUUUAUCCAGGAUACGUACACCAUUGGAGGACUUCACUGUAUCGACCAGCGAUGCUACUUCAACGACGUUGACAAUGCGUAUGGUGAUGGCCACGGUGUAAUGGAAGUAGCCUCAGAAGUACCGAAGGAUAUUCUAGACAACUUUUGGAGCCACGCUAAGCAGUAUCACGCCAAAUUUAAGGACCUACAGGUCUGUAAAAACAGCAUAGAAAUUGAAGUGAUUGAAAGAAUGACGGGUCACGACCAGCUUAUAGUCAUUGAUGCUCAGGGUAUCGACUCCCUCCCAGAGAAGACUGCCCCAUACCUAACCACGAACAUGAGAGACGUCACCGAGACUUUGAGUAACUGUGGGGAUAACGUCGAUCUCCUUUACUACGACUGGAUGUCGGCGACCCAGGAGUUGGGGAUCGAUUGGCUGAGCUCUAUUCACACUUACAACGGACAACUCAUGCACACCAUGCAGUAUAACACUCAACUCAUGGACGAAGGACUUGCUGUAAGAGUUGUCGAUUCAGUAUUUGAAAUAUUGAGGAAGGUCGUUGAAGAGCCGAAACACAAAUGAAUAUUGAAGCGUGCUAAGUUGGUGAAUUUUUGAGAGAUGCAAAUUCAUCUUAUCUCUGAUUUGACUAGCACUGACUAUUUGAAAAUUAAUUAAUUCGUUUUAUUUAGUUUAGAAUAUCAUCAUCAUCGAAUUGGCUCGCAAACAUCAAUUUGUCGAUGAACGAAAUUUUUCUAAUGUAAUUGUUAAUUUCUACUAAUGGCGACCUAAUUUCAUAUUAAAAUUGAAUAGAAGCGUAGUAGUUGGUUCAUAGACUCACCUUUUCAUUAGAGUAUCCCUGAAAAAUCGAACAAUGAGUGAUGGCGUUUUAAAUUCCAACGACUCUUGCCAUUUUAGUAGGGCCUUUAGUUACAUGCCAGAUCGAAGUCUUUACUUAGAAUUUGUAAUCUCUGAGGUUCCGAGGCUUAUCACUAAGAUGCUCUGUUAUACUGGAGUUGGACAGAAACCGGGGGCUGUGAUAUUUUUGAAAUGAAGUUUCUGACUCAUUUUUGAAUUUAUAUAAAAAACUAAAAGUCGUCAUUAUGUUUGUUUGUAUUUAUUUUAGUGCCUUGAAUCUGAUGAAUUGAAAUUCUUGAUUGUCAGUCAAACAAACAUUUUGGCAUUUUAUGGAAUUGCGAAGCUCACUGUCCUCACGGUUGCUGUUGCCUAUUCGAAAAAUUAGAAUCUAAUUGUCGCUGAAUAAUUCAAGCUAGGAGGGAAUUUAUCUUCCGUCCUGCAAUUCUAUCCACCUAACGCCGACUUGACAUAGAUGAAGGGUCCAAAAAAUAAGAAUCCAAAUUUACCAUUUAAUCUAUCUUGCCAGCGUAAAAAACCUGCAAAUAUGGAAUUGUAUCACAACUAUUGCAUCAAUUUUGUUGGUCUAAGAGCAUUUAAAUGGGCAUGGUUAACAAUUUAUUGCUUUAAAAGUGAUAUUCGAAAUAUGUAAGAAAUUUCCACAUUCCUUUGGUUCUAAAUUUAUUUUUGUCCAUACCUAUUGUUGGAUAUGGAUUUGUAAAUAAGAAGAGUUGGCAGUAAGACUUAGAGGUGGGAACGUCUAAUCAAUGGUGCUCUGGAAGGAGAGUGCAAAGCCAUCCUUUCCUAAUUGCUAUUUAUUAUUUUCGAUGAUCGCUCUUUGAUUUUCGUUUUAUUUAUUUUCUUAAGUGCAUGUUCACUAUUCCUUAAUUAGAAGAGGGCCGACUACAGAUCAAAUCUUGGGCAUCGCCCUAUGCACUAUGCUGUGGCUAGGCCACUUUAACUUUGGAGCUUUGGCUCAGACAGUUUAGACUCCUGCGUCUCGAAAUAAUUUUCUCGAAAU